AUGCAUACGUCUCCUCUUUACAACUCUAAUGACCAAACUACUUUCGCUAACGCUUACAAAAAUACUUAUCCUGCAACCACAUAUAAUUCUUCAUAUCAUACCGCUUAUGACUCUACUUACCAACCACCUUAUAACCCUAACAAUUACUCCGCUAACCAUCAUGCAACCAAUGGUCACGUAGGUCAUGUUUACACUACUGAAAGUUAUCCUCCAGCUUUCUUGCCUGCAAGCAGUAAUUCUUCUACCGAUUCGAGUCCUAUUGAAAGUCCAACUUUACUUCCACGUCGUAUGCCUUCUUCUGCUGGCGUAAAUGAUCAAUUCAUGUUGGAUCAAAACAGGGAUCUUAUUUUCAAUGUCCCUCCUUUACCAAAUUCUACUAUAAAAGUUAAUCGUAGAUCUUCAAGAGCUUCUCUUCGUGGUAAUAGGAACUCGUUCUUAUUGGAUCCUAUUGUUGAAGAAGAAAUUCCUUCCAUGUCUUUUGCCACUGCUUCUACACAAUAA